AUGUUACAUCAAGCAUUAUAUAAAAGAUCUAGUAUCUUAUUGUCAUCAAUUUCAAAGUUAAACUAUGUUAGUGCACCCUCCUCUGCGGCUACGAUAGUAGCCAAUAACUAUACAACUACAACAUCAACAACUAAAUUGAACCUGUCGACAGGGUUAUACCAAUCACCUUCAUCAAAUAGUUGUACAACAACCCCAUUAUUAAAUAGUAGUAGUAAUAGUAGACACAGUAGUAGUAAUAUCAUUAGUAAUCAUCAUUAUUAUUGUUCUUCAGCUUCUAGUAAUAGUAGUAAUAAUAAUAAUAAUAUAGAUAUAGGAUUACCAGAUGGUAGAAAGAUUGAAGGAAAAAAAGGUGAAUCUACACCAUUGAUCAUUGCUUCAUCGAUAUCUAAAUCAUUGGCAAAAUCAUCUCUACUUGCAAAGUUGGAUGGUAUACCUCUAUCGUUGACUAGUGUACUAGAGCACGGAGGUAGCUUAGAGUUGUUAGAUUUUGAAAGUGAAGAGGGUCGUAGAUGUUUUUGGUAUUCUUCAUCUAUUGUAUUGGCAAUGGCUAUGCGUAAACACAUACUUUCAACUUAUUAUAAUAAUAAUCAACAACAACAACAACACCAAGUUAUCAUCACAGCCAACCAAGCAAAUAUAACCAAAUCAUUAUUAUUAGAUGGAUUCCAAGCUGAUAUUUAUUUGUCCGACACAUCAGUCACCAUCAAAGAGACCGAUGUUAAAUCAAUCAAAAAAAUAAUGGAUACUAUUGUAAAGGAAAAUAACAUAUUUAAAAGAGAAAAGGUUUCAAAACAAUCUUUAAUUGAUUUAUUAAAUAAAGGAAAUAAUAAAUAUGGAUUAGAUGAAUUGGAAAAUAUUAAAGAGAAUGAAAUUAAUAUAAUUAGAGUUGCCUACAAAAAGAAUGGUGAUGAAGAAUUUAUAGUUAUAUGUAACGGUCAAGAUAAUCAAUUGGGUUUGGAUUGUACUUUACCUUCGACUGGUUAUAUCAAGGCAUUUGAUAUUUUACGUAAUUCGGCUGUGGUUGGGUCACGUGCUGAUAUGUCACAUUUGCAACGUCUUGCUGGUAUUUCAUUCCCGUCUAAUUCCCAACUCGACCUGUUCCGUGAGCAACAGGAGUUGGCAGCUCAAUUAGACCAUCGUAAUAUUGGACGUGAGCAAGAACUCUUUUUCUUCCAUCCGUAUAGUCCCGGGUCAUGCUUUUUCUUGCCACACGGUGCCAAGGUCUACAACAAACUACUGUCGUUCCUCAGAGGAGAGUAUCGUCGUCGUGGAUACCAAGAGGUCAUCACUCCAAACAUUUACAGUCAAAAGUUGUGGGAGGUGUCUGGUCACUGGCAAAAUUACAAGGACAACAUGUUUUCGUUCCAGUGUGACCAUACAACCUACUCGCUCAAACCGAUGAAUUGUCCCGGUCACUGCUUGAUGUACGCUCAUCGUGUGCGGUCCUAUAAAGAGCUCCCCAUGCGAUACGCCGAUUUUGGCGUACUCCAUCGAAACGAGACACAUGGUUCGCUGACCGGGCUCACUCGAGUACGUCGGUUCCAACAAGACGACGCCCACAUCUUUUGUCGAACCGAUCAGAUUGAAGAAGAGAUGCGUGCAUGUCUCGACUUUCUCCAAUACGUCUACCGUGUGUUUGGAUUCACAUUUAGCUUGGAACUAUCGACUCGUCCCAAAGAGGGGUAUCUCGGCGACUUGGACACAUGGAAUCGUGCCGAGAAUGCUCUCGAACAAGUGUUGAAUGAAAGUUUCAGAGGUCAUUGGCGACUCAAUGAAGGUGAUGGUGCUUUUUACGGUCCAAAGAUUGAUAUUCACAUCAAAGAUGCCAAUGGAAGAAGUCAUCAAUGUGCAACCAUUCAAUUGGAUUUCCAACUACCUCAACGAUUCAAUUUAGAGUUUACAACUAGUGGUGUAGCUGAAACGGACGACCCCUCUGCCUUGGCGCCAUCAAAAUUCGAAAGACCAGUUAUGAUUCAUAGAGCUAUUUUCGGAUCUACUGAACGUAUGUUGGCCAUUUUAAUUGAACACACUAAAGGAAAAUGGCCAUUCUGGCUCUCACCAAGACAAGUAUUGGUCACAUCGAUUGGAGAUGCACACAACGAAUAUGCCGAAAAGAUUCGUCAAGAUUUACACUUGGCAGGCUACGAAGUAGACAUUGACACUAGUGCACACAAAACCAUUAAAAAGAAACUAAGAGAUGCAAUCAUACUCAAAUACAACUAUGUCAUUGUGGUUGGUAACGAAGAGGUAACAAACAACACUGUCUCGGUACGACGUCGUGAUGGUGAUUCAACUCCUCAGUCAAUGUCCCUAUCCUCUUUAUUAGAUGAAUUACAAAUUAAAACUGAUAAUUAUCAAUAA